GGAGAAACUGACCAGAUGGAGGCCUUCAGGACUUUCACCCUCAAUUCUGUCCCUGUCUUCCAAGCUUUCUCCGGUUUCCAAAAGCAGACACCACAGAGUACAGGCCACAGGGUGCAGAACCUCCCCUUCUCCUCCUCGUCCUCCUUAUCACUCGCUUCCACCAGGGAGCUGCUGUUGCUCUUUGCACUGUCCCUUCCUCACUCUGGUUACCAGUCACUGACCUGCUCCUACGGCCGGGCUCAACCAGCCAUCCCUGAGCCCGAACACCAAACUGCCACUGCUGCACGGAAACAGGCUUUGAGAAGUGCCGGGGCUCCCACAGCGCCCAGCCUGCCCCAAAUCAGGCCGCGCUCUCUGCCCGCCCCACGGGCGUCUGCACCCUGCGGCAUCUGGAGAGCAGCGCCUUCAUUUGCCCUCCCGGAGGGCGGGAGCAGCGGCCUGGGCCGGGCCGGUCCGGCUGAGCCUGCCGCCCGCCGCAGGAGGGAGGCCGGGGACGGGCCCCAGCUGUUGUUAACAAACCACCCUCGACCGCGGCACCCGGGGGCGGGCUCGUGUCUCCGGCGGCCGCCUGCGCCGGGCAGGGCGGUGCGGGAGGCGGCGGCGCGGGACCAGCGGCGGCGAGGGAAGGGCGCGGGCCGGCGGCGGACUACAGCUCCCGGCGUGCCCCGCGCCGCCGCCGGGUCACGUGCCCGCCUGCGCGGGUCAGCGGGCGGUGGCGCGGCGCGUUCGGUCCCGCCCGUCCCGGGGCCGCCGGCGCGGGGCGGGAAGAGGCGGAGCGGGGCGGCGGGUCCUGCCGAGCCGAGCCGAGCCGAGCCGAGCCGAGCCGAGCCGAGCCGAGCCGAGCCGAGCCGAGCCGAGCCGAGCCGGGCGCAGCCGAGCGCGGGGGGCAGGGCUGCAGCCCGAGCUGACGGCGCGUACCGCGGGGCCGCCCCGGGUGGCAGCGCCAUCGCCAUCGCCAUGGGGCCGCGGGGCCGGGCGCUGGCGCUGCCGGCCCUGCCGUGGGCCCUGGCGCUGCUGGCCCUGCGCGGAGCCGCCGGCGUCCCCCCCAGCUUCGUCCUGUUGCUGGCGGACGACUUGGGCUUCGGGGACCUGGGGAGCUACGGGCACCCCUCUUCCGCCACGCCGCACCUGGACCGAAUGGCGUCCCGAGGGCUGCGCUUCACCAGCUUCUACAGCAGCUCCUCGGUGUGCAGUCCCUCCCGGGCAGCCCUGCUGACCGGCCGGUUCCAGAUGCGCUCGGGGGUUUACCCCGGUGUGUUCAACCCGGACUCGCGGGGGGGCCUGCCGCUGUCUGAGGUCACCAUUGCAGAGGUGCUGAAGGCUAAGGGCUAUGCCACAGCCAUGGUUGGCAAGUGGCACCUUGGCCUGGGGGUUAAUGGCUCCUUCCUGCCCAUCCACCAGGGCUUUGACCACUUCUUGGGGGUGCCCUACUCCCAUGACCAGGGCCCCUGCCAGAAUCUCACCUGCUUCCCACCUGACAUCAAGUGCUUUGGGACUUGUGACCAAGGCUUGGUGACAGUCCCACUGCUCUGGAACCAGAGCAUCGUGCAGCAGCCGGUAUCUUUCCCUGAUCUGGUGCCACUCUACAACAAAUUCUCCCGGGACUUCAUCGCUGACUGUGCGCAACGAGGCCGCCCCUUCCUGCUCUACUAUGCCUCCCACCAUACACACUACCCCCAGUUUGCAAGCCAGGAGUACGCAGGGCAGUCGCUGCGGGGGCCAUUUGGUGAUGCACUCUUAGAGUUUGAUGGCUCAGUGGGACAGCUGCUGCAGGCCCUGGAGGAAAAUGGUCUUGCAAACACAACCUUGGUGUUUUUCACCUCUGACAAUGGCCCCUCCACUAUGCGGAUGGCACGUGGAGGCAGCUCUGGCCUUCUGAAGUGUGGGAAGGGCACAACAUAUGAAGGUGGCAUGAGGGAACCAGCAGUGGCUUAUUGGCCAGGCCGUAUCACUCCAGGAGUGACGCAUGAGAUGGCAAGCACCCUGGACAUCCUGCCAACCCUGGCUACGCUGGCUGGAGCAGCUCUUCCCAAAGUUGCCCUGGAUGGCUAUGAUCUGAGUCCAGUGUUGUUCGGGUCAGGCAAGAGUCCCCGUCAGAUGAUGUUCUUCUACCCGCCGUCCCCCGAUCCACUGCACGGCCCCUUUGCUGUCAGGCUUGGGAAGUACAAGGCUCAUUACUUCACACAAGGUUCCUUUCACAGCGAUACGACCCCAGACCAGGCCUGCCACGGGCUGACCCCGCUCACCCCUCACUUGCCCCCCCUGCUCUUUGACCUGGAGUCAGACCCAGCCGAGAACUAUGAUCUGCUGCAGAGUGGCGCGGGGCCAGAGGUUCUGCAGGUCCUGAAGGAGAUCAAGCUGCAGAAAGUGCUUUUUGAACAGCGCAUGGAGUUUGGGGAAAGCCAGAUCAGGAAGGGCAGGGAUCCCACCCUACAGCCCUGCUGCGUACCAAACUGCACUCCUAAGCCUUCCUGCUGCCGUUGCUCCUAGCCUCUGGCUGCUCCAUCCCCUUAGGCUGCUCCACGCUGUAACUCUAUCCCAAACACACCAGACCCCCCCAAUGCCCCCAACUAACCAAGCUGAGCCUGAGCUACCCUGUAGCUUUGUCUCAGUGACGCCUCUGACUAAUGGGAUGCUGGGGUAGCAAACUGGGUUGGGAAGAUUACCAACCCUGCAAGGACUGCAGGUCGGUGGACCCUGUGCUCUGUGUUGGAUGUUCAAGAUGAGGCCUCUUGACAGAAACCCUGACUUGUUCAGGGAGGGACCACGAUACAGCAUCAUCUCCAGAGCCAGAACAGCUCCUUGCAAACCAUGACCAAGAUGAAGCAAAGGGCAUGCCCCAGAGUCCAGAGAUGCCAGUUCAGCUGGAGGCAUGCUGAGUGCACUGCGGGGGGAACAGAGCUGGGAGCUGCAGCACCGUCACUCAGGAUGGUCCAGGAGCACCGCAAGAGAAGCAUGGGAUGGAUGGUCCUGGCAGCUUGAGGCAGGACCUUGCGCAGCCAGGGCAGAGGGGAGAUGCCUAGGCAGGACAGAGGUCAGGGUGUGCAUGCUCAAGCACCUCCAAGUCCUUCAUGACUCCAGGAGGUGGAGAUGUGGCUGGUGUUGGCAGGCCAGGUCCUCUUGUAACGUCUAUGGAUGCUGGGGCUGAUCAAUCAAGUGGGCUGCAACCGCAUGCCGCCCACAUGGCUGAAAGGGUCUCUGUCCUCUUGCUCGUGAGUGAGUCCAGCUUCAAGUUCACCAGUGAAUUGCACACACACACAGUGCUCCCACCAGAAGCUGGCCCCGGACACGCGGUGUUUCCAACGGCGGGGUCCCUGUGACGUCUGUUCCCUUCUGCCAUUGCUGGCAGCCAGGCCUCCGGACCCACCCGCACCAGGUACUGCCAGAGUCCUCUCCCCAAAAUGACCCCAACUCUUCCUUCAGUUAUCUGUGAAGUGUGCCCUCCUCUCUCAUCAUCCCCCAUAAGUACCCAUGAAAUCUGGCUCUUCCUUAUG